ACAUAACAAGGAUUAGUUCUGGUAGAUACAGAUACUCCACCGACUGCUCCCGGCCUGCAGUCUAGUAUCAGUUGCUUCGAGAAUCUGUGCCUAUUCGAUUUCAAAGGGAUCAGUUAAAAUCAAAUUGUUCUCGGCGUUUUGGGUAUUUGCUCGCUUAUAGCUGACUGCUCGCUGUUGAAAACCCCUCAUUUUCUGUAUUUUACCCUAAUGAUUUGACGAAAUAUUGGGCUGGUAAAACCCCAAAUUUUACCGGACGGCUCUGGUGAGAUGACGAGAUGAUGCUGUUUUUUUGUCAGCAUUCAAGAAUGAAAUGGUUGCUAUUUGAAAAGUUUUGAGAACCCCCAAGCAGGAAAGAUUUGGAUGAUCUCUAGAAAAUGGAUCGAUCAGAAAAACAUUUAUGCAUAAAAUGCAAUGAAGGUGGGAAUCUGUUGGUUUGCAGUGAAAACGGCUGUCCUUUAGCUAUUCAUGAAGGAUGCAUGGGUUGUCCAGCUAGAUUUGAUGAUGCGGGCCGCUUCUAUUGCCCCUAUUGUUUGUACAAGCAAGCUGUUGCAGAAUCACGCCAAGCAAGGGAAUAUGCUCUGGCAAGAAAGAAAGCUUUGUUGAUCUUUAUGGAUGAAGAAAUGAUGGGCAGUGAACAACAUUUAGAAGAAAUUAAGAGAGCUGAAGCUGAUGGGCAUGAUCUAUCAAAAGUUAGUCCAGCAAAUGCAAAUGUCACAUGUGAUGAUGGUAAAAGCAGGGGGAAGGAUGAGACAAUUCUCAAUAAAUCUGUUCUUGAUUUGGAACACCAAAGCAGCAGUUCAGAAGAAGAAAAGAUCCAGGAAGAGGAAUCUGAUGCUUCUACAAGCUCCAAAGGUCAAGAACCUUCACUUAAGAUGUAUGAAAAAGAAAAGGUCAGGAAUGCUGAAGGAAAAAAGAUUCAGGAAGAGGAACCUGAAACUUCUGCAACCUCUACUGAUCGAGACCCUUCACUUAAGAUGCACGAAAAUAAAAACUGCAAUCCAGAAGAAGAACAAAUUCAGGAAGAGGAAUGUGAAACUUCCUCUGCUCCGUCUGCUGAAGGCCCCUCUCCUACAGUGCGUACCAGAACUAAGAGAGGAUUUAAAAAUAGUGACCAAAUAGAUGGUGAUUCUGGAACUGUAUCAUUGCAACGUAAGCUUGUCAAACAGAGUGGUAAGAGUAAGCUAACAACUCCAACUGUCAAUCAUCCAAGGAGAUCUUCUAGGAGGUUGUCUUCUGCUUUAGGAUCUGCACAAAUGCUGAAUGACAAAGUUGUCGCUUCCAGAAGCUUGAGACAACCUCGUCAGCCCUUAGUGAAACUAGCUAAUUACACAUUUAGCAGUGGGAAACGUAAGAGAUUAUUGUGGACGGAGGAAGAAGAAGAGACGCUCAAGGCAGGAGUACAGAAAUACUCGACCGACGGAAACAAAAAUCUUCCUUGGACAAAAAUCUUGGAUUUUGGUCAACACAAAUUUGAUAGGACUCGUACUCCGAGUGAUCUUAAGGAUAAAUGGAGGAACAUGAUGGCAAAAUGAAAUCCAAACUUUGAUUUUCUUCCAUAAUUUUGAACUUUCGACUUUGAAAUUGGGAUAUUAUGAUACUUAAGGUCUGUAUUUGCAGGUGCAUUUUUUCUUUA